AUGAGUAUUUCAUCAAGCAAACAAUUGAUAUUAUCAACUUAUCGACAAAUAUUAAAAGAAAUUAAUAACCAGUUCACAAAUCAGAAUAAUAAUCAAUUAUGGAGAAAAGAAGCAAUAAGCACAUUUCAACAAUAUCGUAAUUUAUCAAAUAAGGAAGAAGUUGAAAAAUUAACGAAAGACGCAGAGGAUUUGUUAUGUUUCUUGAAAAUUCAUGGAUAUUCUGAAGAAAAGCGCAUUGAGUUAACGGCUAAUAGAGUUGGUUUAAAAUUACCAAUAAUGAUGGAUAAACAAAUUAAUGAAGAUAAGAACCUUUAUACUGAAGCGAUGAGGGUAAAAUCUUGUAAAUAA